ACACCUACUCAGUCACCUUUCUUCAUAUGUGAUUGCUAUGAUCCUUUGGAUCCCAAUGGGAACAUUACAGUUACUUUUGACAUUAAUCAAUGGACACGAGAUGGCUAUGUGGCAAGGGUAACAAUUCAAAAUUACUAUCAUUAUCGUCAUGUUGAUGAAUCUGGUUGGAAAUUGGGUUGGACAUGGGCUAAUAAUGAGAUCAUCUGGACCAUGUCUGGUGCUUUUGCCACGACACAAGGGAACUGUUCAUCGUUCAAGUUCGACACACCACACUCCUGCGAGAAAAGCCCAGUCAUUGCUGAUCUCACGCCAGAUGCCCCGCCGGAAAACAGGACAGCUGACUGUUGCCAUGGUGGCAUUCUUGCUGCUUGGGCUAUCAACCCUUCUAAGUCAUUCUCAUCCUUUGAAAUGAUGGUUGGCCACCUGGGGGCGAAUCCUAAUGUGCAAGCACCACUCAAUCUUACACUUAUGGCUCCAGGUCCGGGUUACACUUGUGGCUUAGUUGAGGACACUGAUCCCACGAUUUCUUCUGAUAUUGGGGGUAGAAGACAACUCCAAGCCUAUAGAACCUGGAAAUCAACAUGCACUUACUCCAGCUUUGUUGCCAACCAAGCACCUGUAUGUUGUGUUUCACUCUCAACAUUUUACAAUGCCAAGAUCACAUCAUGCCCUACUUGCAGCUGUGGAUGCAGAGAAGCAGAGAAAAAUACAGAUUCAUGCAUAAGAGAAGGUUACCCUGCACCACAGUCAGAUUCUUUAGAUAGUGAUGACAUUGUGCUAUGCACUGAUCAUAUGUGCCCAGUUACAGUUCACUGGCAUGUUAUGAAAAAUUACGUGACACAUUGGAAGGUAAAGCUGACAGUCUCAAACUACAAUUAUAGAAGAAACUACUCAAACUGGAAUGUGUUGGUUCAGCAUCCUGGUUUCAGCCAGAAUGCAACAGCAUUUAGCUUUAACAGUACAAUGCUUCCCUCUUUGGGAUUUUUAGAUGAGGUUGCUCUAUUUUGGGGGAUUGACUACUAUAAUAACGACCUAUUGAAUGCUGAUAAGGAUCAACUGGGUGCGGUAUCCACACAGAUUUUACUGAAGAAGGAUUCAAAUUCCUUCACAUUAGGAAACGGAUGGGCGCUACCUCGAAGAAUAUAUUUCAAUGGGGACAACUGUCAAAUGUCUCUUCCAGACACUUUCCCCAUGUUACCAAACGGCAGCUCCAACUUGAAACCUGCUCACACCCUUUUCCUUUUCUUGAUUUAUCAGACUUUCAAGACAGUGGUUACCUGGCAUUGAUAAAUAAAGCUCUGUACAUG